AUGGAGGUGGACAUAGUUCCCAACAGUGAAGACUUAAAGAAUGACACAAGUUUUCCCAAGUACCUCAAAAAAUCUAUCAAAGAGGAGACAACAAAGGCAAAGAACUCGACAAGGAACAAAAUUAAAGAAGGAUGCAAACUGGAUGAAUACAAUGUUAAUUUAAAUAAAGGGGACAGAAAACGAGGAUUUACAAAUCAAGAUUUGGAGAAGUCUCCAGAUUUGCCUGUUGUAGACAGAGGGAAGGAGUUAGACAGGGUGGGAAAUGGUCAGACGAUCAAUAUCUCAGAUGGAGGGGCAGAUGUCAACUCCCUAAAUGUUGUUCCUGAGACCCCACUUAUUGCCAUUGACAGUGAAACAUUUAUUACUGAUGCUAGCAACCCUCCACAAAAGAAGAAUCUUAUCAGGAAAAGUAGAUUAAAGAAAAGCAAUAAAGAACAAACAAGUAAGAAGAGUCCUGUUGCUGCGAGAUGUGAAGAGACUCACACAAAUAGAACAGAUACCAACUUAUCAACGAACAUGCCUUGUGCCAAAGAAAAAGAAAUGAGUGAAAGCAUAAUUCCACCUUCUGUGGAUAUGUCUGUCAGUGAUAUGGUUGUACUGGAACAUCAAAGUGGAAAAGAAGGUUCUGAAAGUACAUCUACACAUUUAUCAAGUGAAACGCAGGAUAGCCAAACUUCUGCUGGAAGGAAGUUAAGAAGUUCUGAAAGUACAUCUACUCAACAAUCUAAUGAAACACAAAAUAGCCAAGACUACGAAGAAAGAAAGUUGAGAAACUCAGACAAAAAGCGUGGUAAGAGGAAAGCUGCUUCAUCUGUCAUUCCAGAGACUCCAGUGCAGGGAGAAGUUAAAACAACUGAGGAGGAAGUCACUGAAAUGUCAAGGAAACAGAAAGAGAAUACAGCCAUAAUGACAGAUUCGCAACAGUCCUUGUCUAGUUUAUGUAGCACCCAAGAAAGUGUUUCAAUUUUGGCACCAGUCCAUAAAACAUUUGAAAAGAUUGUUGAGAAAAAUUCACCAGCUUCUUCAAAAGAAAAUCUUAUGGCUGUGAACAGGAAUGAAGGACAGAAUAAAGAUAUCAUUGAAAUAAAAUCACAGGAAACUGAGGGAGAUAUACAAGAGAAGUCUUCAUCUUGUGAAAUCAUUGCCGAGGGAGAAUCACUAGUAAUGAAAUCAGAGAAUAACCAAUCAUUACGGAGCUCCUCUUACAAGUUAAGGAGACCAAAAAGAAAGUGCUUCUCCCUGACAAGUCCAGACAAAGGUCCAAAGAUGGAAUCACUAGCAAGAAAUGAUGUCUGUAGAGUGGAUGAUGAAGAGAUGGUGAAACAAAAUAGCAGUAAAAUAGAAAAGAAAGGGAAAUGUAAAGAGGAUUUGGAAAUUGUGAAUGAUGUGAAAGAGAAAAAACAGAGAAUUUAUGAGAAAAAUCAUUCUGAGGUAAAAAGCAGUGAGGAUAUUAAGAGUACCCCCAUUGAUGCAUUAAUUCCCACCCAGCUGUCACUGAAAAGCAUCAAGAAACAAGAAAUGAAAUUAAAGAAGCAACAACAGAGCUCUCCUGAAGAUGUUUUCUUGAUGGAUUCGGAGACACCAGUUUCUGGUUCAGGUUACCAGGAUCUGGUUCAGAACCAGGAAGGUUUGCUGGAACUAGAGCUGGGUGAUCUGGACGGUGUUUGUGAGAUGGAUACUGGGGACAGUCAGGUGAAAUCAAGUAUUGAAAGAGGAAGUGGAAAAGUGGACAACACUGUGGAUGGAGAUACUGAUCAUGUGGAAAAAUCAAGCAAUGUGAAGAAAGAGUACAGUCAAGUCAAAGAACAAACAAAUGAAUACAUGGAAUGUGGAGGCAGCAGCAAUGAAGAAACUUAUGGGGAAAGUGGAGGCAAGAACUCUGAAAGUCAUACUGUGACAACUAUACCAGAUACUGAGAGAAAUGAAGAAGAGCUUUUACAUCAAAAGAAAUCAAGAUUAAGAAGUGUUAGAGAUGUUCCUGGUGAUGGUGAUAUUUUACAAAUGGAUAGGAAAAUGACAGAAAACAGUGAUUCUUUGAAGAACUCCAAUUCACAGAAAAAUUGUAGAACGAGUAGAAGUGAUGUUAGUAAUGCAGGCAAGAGGGCAGUGAGAGGUUUGGCAAGAAAACUGAGGCAGAAGAAUGUACAGGAUCCUCUUAGUGUAUCAGAUGAAUGUAGGAAGCUUAAGGCAUUAGAUAGAGGUGACUGUAAUAGAGAACCAUCAAACAGUUCUAGAGAAGAUAUCAGUAUUAUAGAGAAAAAAGAAAAGCGAUAUCAGUCAGUGGAAGCACCUGUUUGUUUUGGUGUGGUUCCAGAGACAAUGGAGGUUGGUUUGGAAGAUCUUGAUCAAGUGGAUGAUGAGGUUACAACCAUACCAGAGACUGUGGAAAACAGCCUUCCAGGUGAUGAGGAAGAACAUGAUACAGAGAUGGAGGCCAGGACAGUGAGAGAUGAAGAAGGAGAUACAGACAUUGAAGAUGAGAAAACCACAUGCAUUCAAGAAAAGUUAGAGCAGGAUGACAUUGAGAAAAGAAAGGGAAAAGGUACAGGAAAGUCACAAAUUUCAGUGAAAGAAGAUUCUUUAAAGAUGGAUGGCAUCCAAGAAGGAGAAGACAACAAGGUAAAUAUGGAUAUUGUUGAGCCAAAACCAGAACAGGGGACCAGUCAGGGUGACAGAAAUGGAGGGACUGUUGGUGAUUCCAAAACAGUGACAAAAGAAGGAAGUUAUAUGGAGACAGCAGCAGACGAUGAGCCUCUAUUUCAUUCUCUAGAGAGUUCCCCUCUCCCAGACAUUCUGGAGGAGGAGGAUGAAAUGCAAAAGGAAAGACUAUCUGAAUGUGCCCUCAAGUCUGGAGGAGCCCUGCCACAAAAGAAGGUGGAUCCUUAUGAUAGCAGUUCCAGUGAUUUUGACCUGCUUCCUGAGGACAUAAUAAAUCCAGAGGACAUGACCCCUGAUAAUAGUCCUCGGAAAGUUGAGGAUUAUAACAAUGGGAACAGUAGUGUAGAUUUUGUGCAGGUUUGGGAAGGAAAAGUGCCAUCAUAUGAGCGAGAUACGAAGUCAGAAGGGAUGGGAACCAAAUCAGAAAAAAGAUGUGAAAAAGAGGAAAUGAAGAACUUUGUUGACCUUAGUGAUGAUAGUGAUGAUGAUGAUAAAUUGAUUCAUAGAGGAAGGAAAUGGAAGAAGGUUGUGAUAUCUGAUUCUGAUGAUGAUGAUGAUGACGUUGAUGAUGAUGAUGAUGGCAAUAAUGAUGAAGAGGAGGAAGAUAUUGGAAGGAAGAAGAAGAAGAAGAAGACAGCUGUGAUAAUAUCAGAUGAUGAAGAAGAAACUGGUUUGACAGAGGACUGGAAAUCAAAAACCUCUGUUACCUCAGAUGAAGAAGAUGAUUCUGAUUUUUCACACAGUCGCCAGAUGAAUCUGACCUCGUCAUCAGCUUUUUCCAGUCAGAGUGAAGGCUACAACACUCAGAACCAGGUGUUGCUGAGACAAGAGCUGGAGAGAAUGAAGAAAGAAAUGGCAGAAAUUGAAUCACGGAUAUCUAAAGAAAACCAGAAUAAAAGCCUCAAAAUGAAGAGGUCUCCAAGUCCUGCACCUUCACAAGAAACUGCAGAGGAGCCAUAUUCAGAAUAUUUAAGAGAAUUACAAACCGAAGCAUCUGAAGGGGAUUCACCUCAACAAUCCCAGAAGAUUGCAUCCAAAAUUGCUGAUGAAAUUGAGGCCUGCGACUCGGAUGAUAGCAGUGACUUAUUCCUCAGUCCUGCUCCUCCUUCCCCACCUCCAAAUGACCCCUGCACUCUGCCAAUAGUAGGAAUGAAACUUUCUGAAAAUUUCAAAGAGACUGAAGAAUUCUUGCAAGAGUUCAGAAAUAAUGAAAAAACAUCUCAAGAGAAAUUCAUAACUGAACAAAAUCCUGGUGAAAGAUUUCGCUCAGAGGGAAGCAGUGAUAUAGAGGCUGAGGAGGGAGAGGAUUGGAAGAUAGAGAGGGACUUGUCAAACCAUUCAUGUAAAACUGUGGAUCCAUGUGAAAUCAAAGAAUCCCUUCAGAAAUCAAAGAAUAGAGCACUAGGUAAAAGCUCUCAGAGGGGCAAUUUCACCGACAGCAAAGAACCAUCAGUGAUACAGGAAUCUCCCCAAAGCCAGAAGCCUGGCAAAAGUUCUGUGGCUAGAUUGAAAGACCUCUACCAUUCUACGCCAGUGUCCAGCAACAAGAAACCUCAAAGGGGACAGAAAAAUACUCUGUCAUUCUUAUCCCCGGUUCUGACUCCAAGGGAAUUUCCUGAAACCAAUGAAAAAGUUCAGAGCCCAUUGGUACACAGAUCACCUGAAAAGGACAAUCAAAGUAAAGUCUUUGUAGCCUCAGGUCUUCCUUUCAAUCAGUUGAAUGAGCUUCGUCGACUGGUCCAGAGCCAUGACUGUAAAUUUCACCCAAAGUUUUCUCCUUACACCACACACCUCAUAGUGAAAACAGUGCCGCCAGGGAGUAGAAUGUGUGAAAGAACCCUCAAGUUUUUCCAGGCCCUGGCCUAUAAAUGCUGGAUCCUGGAUUACAAAUGGGUAACAGACAGUAUAGCUGCUGGGAGGCUACUCGAGGAGGAUCCCUAUGAGAUUAGUGGAGAUACGGUGACAAAUGACCAUCACUGUGGGCCGCAGAAAUCCAGAACAAAGAGCCCCACAGAUCCGGGCAUUCUUAAUGGAAUCCAGUUCUACAUCAUAGGAUCCAGCCAAGGACUGAGUUCAGAUGACAUAAGGGACUUGAUAGAGACUUGUGGGGGAUCGGUGGUCCAGGAGCCAGAGAAAUUGGACCGUGACCAUCUCUGUUUAAUCAUCACAUGUGCCGCCCUGGAGGAUAGUCAGGAAACUGCCCCCUCCCAGGAAAUCAUACUGUUUAAUCGGCUGUACAGAAGACAUGGAGCUUUGACUGUGUCCAGAGAAUGGCUGCUGGACUCACUGACCGUGUAUAACUUGCAGCCACUCAGUGAAUAUGUUCUGACCUCUGUAAAGGGAAUGGUCAUUCCCUCUGUGUGAUGGUCAGUGAUUGGUCAUUCCUUCUGUGUGAUGGUCAGUGAUUGGUCAUUCCUUGUGUGUGAUGGUCAAUCUGGUCAUUUGGUCAUUGUUAGGCCAUUCCUUCUGUGUGAUGGUUUGUGUUAAGGAACUAAGUAAUGACCCAGGUAAUUUUAGCUGUUCUGUGUCUCACUAGAUGACAUUCUUUCCUUUGUAGAAGGUAGUGGUCAACCCAACCAUGUGCUGGUCAGUUUGGCCUUCGACCUCCUUGAAGGGCAUGAUCGUUCCUUAUGUGAGCCGGUCAGUGUAAAGGACAAUCUGUGAAGGUCAUGGUCAUCUCAUUAAUGUGUUGCUCAUUAAAGAGGACAACACUUUGUCUAUUUAUCCAGUUUAUGGUCUGUGGAAAUAUAGUG